UUUUUUCUUAAAAGAUUCACGUCUUGAUGAUCUAGACUUUGGCGUCCAGGUACAACGACUACAAGGAUGCUGGAAGAAAGCUCGACGACAACUCUGUGUAGGCCCUACUUUCAAAGACAAGAGAAGGAAUGAGGCUAAGAAAAUAACUGUAUUCAUUUCUGACUGAAAAUAGAAUCAAUUCAUCAUGAUUUGGAGGAACACUUUUUUCAAACAUACAAUAGCUGUGAUAUGUCUUGUCAAUGUUGUUGGAAUUUUAUUGUUUGUUAAUUUUUUGUUCGAUUCAAAUUUUUUUAAUACUAAAAUGAAAGCAAGCAAAAAUAUUCCUUUCGAUAAUUAUAUGCCUGUACUAGAAAACAAACAUCGUAAAAACUAUGCUUUACCAGUACAGAAACAGAAAGAAGCUGAUAUGCCUUAUCUUCCAGGGAUUCCACCUGUACCUGAUUAUUCUUCCUCCGACAUCAUCAGUCCAGUGGAAGAGAAAAUUGUAAAGCAUUUUCUGCAAUACAAACCAAUGAAAUAUCAGGAGAAAGUAUUAAUAUUAACUCCUAUACAUAAUGUUGCUAAUUUGUUAAUUCGUUUCAGUAAUUUGUUAAAAUCGCUCACAUAUCCCCACGAUUUAAUUUCCAUAGCAUUUGGAGAAGAUUGUAGUGGAGACUCCACCUUAAGUGUUGCCCAAUCCAUUGCUCUUGAUUUAGAAAAAUCGUUUAGGAGUGUAAAGGUUUUCCAUUUUAAUCUUACCGGUCAGAUAAAAGGAGCAUGGAAUGACAUCCAUAACCAGUUUUUGCAACUUCCUCGCAGAAAACAUUUGGCAGAGUCGCGUAAUUUAUUGUUAAAGUCUGGAUUAAGAGAUGAAGAUUGGGUUUUGUGGAUUGACAGUGACAUAUCAUUUCUUCCUCCAGAUAUUAUUCAGCAUCUUCUAUCUUCUGAUAAAGAUAUUGUUGUGCCUUCUUGUGUUUAUCAAGACAAUAAUAAUAAAAGAGUUUAUGAUAAAAAUACCUGGCGUGAGACCGAAUUGUCGAUGAAUAAGCAGAAAGAACUUGAAGAGAAUGAGCUUAUGCUUGAAGGUUAUGGUAGAAUAACACGCCUGUAUCUUUCUGAUCUCCGUGCAGAAGGUCGAGUUGUACCUAUUGAUGGCGUUGGGGGCUGUACCUUGUUAAUUAAUGCUGAUCUUCACAGAAAAGGAUUGAAUUUUCCAGAAACCGUUAUUGACCAUCAUAUUGAAACUGAGGGACUAGCUAAAAUGGCCAAACGUAUGGGAUUUGGAGUUUAUGGGAUGCCUUUUGUUGAGGUUUUUCAUUAAUUUGCAUCUACAGAGGUAGAAUGUAUACUCCAAUUUUACUUUUGUUGAAGUUUUUCAUUAAUAUGUAUACACAGAGGUAGAAUUUAGUUGCAUAUGUAUAAAAUUGGAAAUCAAUAUAGUGGCGUAUAGAAGUCCCAGAUUUCUCUGAUUAAGCCACUAGUUUUGUUAAUUGUUCUUAUGCAAACUCUUAAAUAAGAUGGUGCGACUGUUCCCUUUAUAUAAUAAGAAUAAUUGAGCUUUCAAAGACUGAUCCCAGUAGUGACAAAAAUAUGUCACUGAGAAAGCAUUUGAUUCAAAAUUGUUUGACCUGAAGACCUUUCACCGAAUGGCAUAAUGAUACAAUGAUUUAGUCCUGAAAUAUCUUUUCUGUGAGUGAAAUAAUUUGGGUAAUAAAUACUUUAUCAGGGUAAAGGAAAUCCAUAUUAUAAAAUCAAUGUGUUCUUUAUUUUUGUCACACAUUAUAAAAUCAAGAUUAUUUUAGCUAAUGAUAUUUAUUUGCAUUGAAUAUUUUUUAUUUUUGAUAUUUAUAAUGAUAUAUUAUUAUAUGCAUUCCAUUAUUUUUAUAUGUACAAAGAUAUAUUGUUUUAUAUGUAUAUUGAUUCAAAUAAUUUGAACAGCCUUUCAAAACAUUAUAUGUCCAAAAUAAGUGUCAAAUGUUGGUUUGAUAAUUUAUCUUUUGAAAAAAUUAAUUAUUUUGAAUACAAAAGCGCUCGAUGAAAGUUAAUAUAAAAUUGAUCUCAUAAUAUUUGACUGCUGCAACUUAAUGGAUAUUGUGUGCUUUAAAUUAUGUUAUGAUACAUACACUUACACAAUCUGAUUAAAAUACAGAUCUAUAUUUCGUUCCGUGUUUUUAAACUUUCAAUGGCCUACAUUACAUGAAGAUCUGACAAGUUGUACUGGAAGGUCAUGUCAGGGGUCAUACAAGCGGCUUUUGAUCCUAUCACGUCAGACAUUGAUUAUUCAAUCAGUGUUCACGUUUCUAGUGGUUUACCCACAGUUCCGUGCAUGGCACGCCAAGAAGUCGCCGUAACCGACCGUGUCAUUGGCUAAUCCAUCACUUCAACCAAAACGCCGGUAAUAUAACAACUCUUCCAGAUCCUAGUGUAGUAAAGACAAGUAAAACGAAAUUUUGAACUAUAAAAAAAAAUGAAACGAAAUAGGAUCUGGGUUUUAAUCAGAUUGGAAUUUUACAUAGAGUUGUGAUAUUGAUUGCAUCGUCAAUUCCAGUCUUUCACCCAAGCAUGUUUUUAUAAUUAUCUGUUGAAAUUAAUCAAAUUAUAGCAGAUUCGUCAGAUUUUCAUCAUUUGCAUAUUUCAGACAAAACAAAUUUUUCACUACUUUAUCCACUCUAAUUAUGGAGUCAAAUUGAUUAUUUAAUUAUGAAAACAAAACCAAAAUAUAAUAUGCAGCAAUUUUUCAUAUAAUGGAAUAUGUAACAAAAAUCGUCCAGAAAUUCAAACUUUGUUUCUAAAAGUGUGAACAAAUUAAAAUUAGAAUUGUCAAUUAAAAAUGUCACCUCAGAUUUUCAUCAUUUGCAUGGUUUCUGUAGUGGGUAAAUCGUAAAAGAAUAGCUUUAUUGUGUCUCCCUUCUAUCGUCCACUGAUUUUUAUACCCUGCCAAAUACUCUUGCCACCCUUUGUCCAGAGUCAUCCACAAUUUCGUGUAACCACUAUACAGGUCAGAGUUUUUUCUGGGUUGUAAAAUUUACUGGAAUUUUUCAUUUGUUAAUAAGGAAAAUCAUAAUUUUUCAGUAGCAUACCAUAGGGCAAAAAUAGAAAUACCUAUGUUUACGGUUACUGACCGACUCUAUUUCUUGGGGCGAAAAUUGUUCACUUUACAAUUUACAUUUUUUUAAAGAUUUGAUUUUGAUGAUGCUUUAUAGGCCAGACAAAGUUUUACAGAAUGUUUGAUAAGGAAUAAGUUUAUCUCUAAGUUAAACAGUAAUAUACUAAGAAACUUGUGCCAUAUUUUGAACAGAACAGAUGAUAAAUUUCUGAUGGGUGUACUUUUAUAUCAUGGAGAGAGUCUAUUAU